GGCAAACUGGACAUUGUAUGGAAAACCAACCUGGGAGAAAGGGGCCGACUACAGACCAGCCAGCUGCAAAGAAUGGCUCCUGGAUAUGGGGAUGUGAGGCUUUCUUUAGAGACCAUCCCAGAUACGGUCAGUCUGGAGGAACCAUUUGAUAUCACAUGUAAAAUAACUAAUUGCAGUGAAAGGACAAUGGAUCUGGUUCUAGAAAUGUGUAACACUAAUUCUAUUCACUGGUGUGGAGUAUCGGGAAGACAGCUUGGCAAAUUGCACCCCAGCUCCUCUCUGUUCCUCACUCUGACACUUCUGUCAUCUGUGCAGGGCUUGCAGAGUGUUUCUGGAUUAAGACUGACUGACACAUUUUUAAAGCGAACUUAUGAAUACGAUGAUAUUGCUCAGGUCUGUGUUGUGUCUUCAAAAGUUCAAGCCUAG